AUGCUCGGUAGACUGGGCCUGUUGUGCCUGCUAAGCGCUCUGCAAAUUGCAGCGGCGCCUGCCAGCGCGUCUGCGAAAGCCAGUUCGACAGCGACUGCUUCGUCCUCUUCCUCGUCGAGCAGCUCAAAGCAGAACGCCAAGGUCCUCAUCUUGGGAGCAGGGGUUGCUGGCAUCACUGCGGCCAUCAAUCUGCAGAAGGCAGGGGUCACAGACUGGCUCAUCAUCGAUGCAGAGCCGCAGAUUGGAGGGCGCAUGCAGAGCCAGAAGCUGGCCAACGGCCUCGUCGUAGAGCGUGGGCCGAAUUGGGUUCAAGGUCUCAAUUCGUCAUCCGGGUUCAAUCCCAUUUGGAGGCUCGCUCUCGACGCCAACUUAUCGACGUCCAUCAGCGACUUCAGUAACUUUACAGCCUACAAUCUCAAUGGCAAAGCAAAAGGCGUCGACGAUCUGUACGAUCAGUACAGUGACGCCUUUGCGAACUUCUUGUCCAUUGCAGGCACUAAGCUCGACCAGAAUCAGUUCGACUACAAUGCAAGAGGCGGCCUCUUCAGAGCCGGAUGGAAUCCAUUGACGCCGGAGGCGAGAGCCGUCGAGGCUUACAACUACGAUAUGGAGUUUGCACAAAGUCCGUCAGACUCAUCCUGGACGUACUCAUCAGUCAAUACUAACGACACCUUCAAUCUCUUCUCGGCCGACAAUGCCCUCUCCAUUGAUCAGAGAGGUUUCAGCGUCAUACUGGAACACGAGUUUGCGCCUCUUAACGCCUCAUCAAAGCUGCGCUUGAACACAACCGUCAAGAAGGUUGCAUAUAGUACCUCGGGUGUCUCAGUCACCACAACCGGCGGGCAGAAAUUUACAGGCGAUUAUGCGAUCUGUACCUUCUCAGUUGGCGUGCUACAGAAUAGCGACGUCACAUUCAGCCCAUCAUUUCCCGUAUGGAAACAAGACGCCAUUGACAGCUUCGCUAUGGCUGUCUAUACAAAGAUCUUCAUCACCUUUACCGAGAAGUUCUGGGCAGCGAACGAUCAAUUCGCGUUAUAUGUCGACCCCGCCGUUCGUGCGAGAUAUGUCCAGUUCCAAUUCCUCGACGUAGAAGACUUCUUCCCUGGCUCAAAGACGCUCUUCGUUACGGCUCUCGGCGAUCAGGCAGUCGCUGUCGAGGCGCGCAGCGAGCAGGACGUACAAGACGAAAUCGUUGGCAUUCUCAAGGGCAUGUACGGAAACAAGGCCAACAUUGUAGCGACAUCGAUCUACUAUCCGCGCUGGCAUUCCGAUCCACUGUACAGAGGAUCGUAUAGCAAUUGGCCAGCAGGUUAUAGCCCGCUCUCUCAAGAGAAUCUACGCGCUGGUCUUCCUGCAGGCAAAGAUGCUCGACUGCUCUUCGCCGGCGAAGCUCUCUCGUACCAGUGGUAUGGCUUCUUGCACGGAGCUUACUACAGUGCUCUGGACACGACCAAUGGCCUCAUUGAUUCGUUCAAGACAUCGAAACUAAACGAGUCGUACUAUCCAGUUGUCUAUCAAUCGACGCAGCAAAGCAUCACCUUUUAA